AUGGCUAUCUGGACUACAAUCCGCAGUCGGUGCAAAUCCUUCACAGACCGCGCGGUCGCAUACCACAAGCUAGAUGAUGGAGAGACCAAAGAGGUCGAUAGGCAAAAGUGGGAAUCAGUGUCUUUAUCUGAAAGUAUAGCCAUCAGUCAACAUCAGGUGCAAUCGGCAAAGAGCUUGCCAGUAGUACUCCUUUUUACCAGCACCGUAUUCUUCGCCAUGUGUCUGAUCUUCCGCGCAUUGAUGAGAGGCUAUGCGUCAAUCGACAUGGCUUGUACAAAGAAACUGUCUGCCUGGGACGGAUUUAUCCCAUACCCAUACGAUCAGAUCGAGAAGCUCAACAAGUCAACCGACAGAGACUGGUGGGUUCAAGACGGUAACCUUGUCACCCUUACAGAGUGGGCCCAUCAAGUGCACUGUCUUGGUCUUAUUAGGCAGUGGAUCUAUCGUGAGCAGUUCGACUAUUCCAUGUUCACAAAUACUAGUUCCACACGUUUCCACAUACACAAAGACCACUGUUUCAUGAUCCUUAAAACCAUGAUCGAGUGUCAAGCGGAUGUCACACCUGUUCUAUUCGCAAGAGAUACAUCGGGUAUAGGUGCGUGGAAGACUCGCGAUGCACCUCGCAAAUGUCGGCGAAACGAUGCCCUGGUUAGAUUUAUCGAGGAGAACAAACUAUGUGGUCUAGAGUGCAGUCCGGAAGAUAUUGUACAGACGUGGGACCAAAGUUUGUGA